AUGGGUGCCUUUGACCACGAGUCGUCCAUCUCAGGCGACGUCUAUGUGCAGCGGUUGGCCUCGUACAUCCGCCGCAACGAGGAGGCUCUUGCCAACGGCCUCCUCUGCUUCCUGAAGGAGCGCACGCGGGCCUCGGUCAAGCCGCUCCGCCCCAGCUUCUCCACACACCACCUCUACUACAUCACGGAGCGCAUCGCGUCGCUGCCGCUAGAAGUGGACGUGGGCCCGCUCAACGUCAAGCUCGACAGCCCGCACCACGAGCACACGUUCAUCCUGUUCAUGGCCAACAACGCGCGGUCGCAGCGCACGUUCGAGAGCGACGCGCGGUCCGUGUCGUCCAUCAGCUCCAUGAAGACCAUCGUUUCCAGUGCGCUGGUCUACUGGAUGUCGUUCUCUUUCAGCAAGGACCCGCGCGUGAUCCAGAAGGACGUCAAGUACUUGUACCUGUCGUUCACCAAGAUCCCGUGCUUGAUCUUGAGCCCGCACACCAAGAUCAACAGCGUGGCGGGCUACGAGGAGUACCCCUGCGACACGCUGGUGCCGCUCCAGAUGUUCAAGAACCUCCAGGUGCUCGAGUUGGUCGACUACGAGCCCAACGAGGUCUACGGCUGGCACACGCUCAGCGAGCACUUGCGCAUCCUCAUUGUGCGCAACUCCAAGAUGGCCUCGCUCGCCGACGUGCUCCACACCUUGGUCUCCGACGAUGAGCAUGGCCGCCUGUCCUUCAGCAUGCGGCGCCAGGCCCGAAGAGGCGACGAGCCGCCCGACCCCGCUGCGGCGGCCCCGUUCGCCGCGCCGCUCCGCAAACGAGCCAUGACCGCCACCUCCGUCUUCCCGGGCGCGGGCCGACAAGUGCCGCGCCUCGACAACAGGCUGGCGCUGGCUCUCGACAACACACUGCAUAUGCUGCAUAUGCUGCCGGGGCUGCUGGGCCGGCCCGCGUCCGCCGACCCCGCGCCGUUGCCGGCCAGCAAGUGGCUCCACAUGAAGCAGCUCACCGUCACCGAGAGCUCCAUCACGCAGAUCCCGGCUUACGUGUUCCGCCCGCUCUCCAACCUCGUCAAGCUCAACUUGGCCAAGAACUUGCUAGAGGACCUCCCGGGUGGGCUUGAGCACCUCCCGCACUUGAAGUACUUGAACCUCGCCGACAACUACAUCACGUCGCUCGAGAGGCUACCCCACAACUUGGCCCAGCUCGUCACCGUGAACUUGAACAACAACAAGAUCACGCACCUUGCCGGCGUGGAAGGCUUGCCCGCGCUCGAGAAAAUCGACUUGCGCCGCAACAUGUUGCGCGACUUGCUGCUGGUGCUUCCUCUCGUGAGACAGGCGGCCAAGCCCGACUCCAGACUCAACAAUGUCUUUGUGUCCAACAACAACUUGCAUCGCACCUACCGCGCAGACCUCUUCAAUUUGUUCAACGCGGCGAGGCCGAAAAACUCCAUCAAAAUAGACGACUCCAGACCCGGGUACUUCGAGAGGGCCAUGCUUCUCGACCCAGACUCGGCACGACGCUUUUUCGACAAGGUCAUGGGUCUGGAAGACAAGCUUGUCUCGACUUUUGCCGACAAAUCCAGCGAGCUGCACCCGGCAGCACCGAAAUCUUCACACAAGCAUAGCAAAUCGGCGGGCGACGUAUUGGAAUCGAUUGCGCUGCUCAACAUCCAGGACCUCGAGAACACAUUUGCCAACAGGAAGCACGCCAGUGUUAUGACCACAGCGUCCUCCACAUCCAGUACAACGUCUCCGGCAGCACCGGGGCUGAUGCCAGGGGACAGCGGCCCCGGAAGCCCGUCCGCGCGGCAGUUUUCCAAGACGAUCAAGCCCCUUCUCCCAAAUGCCAAUUUGUGCAACCAGCUGCACUACCUGACACCUAAAAUGCCACCCAUGGCACGGCAGUUGCUGUCUCCAAUGAUACACGCGCAUCUCAAUGGCCUGGCAUCCACACUCAAGAGCUCCAGCACGAUGGCUCGGAUUGAUAUCGAUUCAGCCCCACUAACAAACUUGGCCCCUAAUGUCAUCACGCCUGUGCAGGUACAAGUGGAGGGGUUCCAUUAG